AUGGCUUACAUAGAAUCUAUAAAAUCUCGCGCAUCUCAGAUUUCUGCUGUGCUGAUUACACAUCCUGAUCAGCCUCAUUUAGGCGCUUUAGCGUAUCUUGUUAAAUACUGUGAUUUAACGGCACCGAUUUAUUGCACGGUUCCUGUAUAUAAAAUGGGCAUGAUGUUCAUGUAUGACUGGAUUAAUAGUCUCAUCAGCGUUGAAAAUUUUGAGUUAUUUCACACUUGA